AUGGAGCGCGCGCCGCCCGACGGGCCGCUGAACGCGUCGGGGGCGCUGGCGGGCGAGGCGGCGGCUGCGGGCGGGGCGCGCGGCUUCUCGGCCGCCUGGACCGCGGUGCUGGCCGCGCUCAUGGCGCUGCUGAUCGUGGCCACGGUGCUCGGCAACGCGCUGGUCAUGCUCGCCUUCGUGGCCGACUCGAGCCUCCGCACCCAGAACAACUUCUUCCUGCUCAACCUCGCCAUCUCCGACUUCCUCGUGGGGGCCUUCUGCAUCCCACUCUAUGUGCCCUACGUGCUGACCGGCCGCUGGCCCUUUAGCCGGGGUCUCUGCAAGCUGUGGCUGGUGGUGGACUAUCUGCUGUGCACCUCCUCUGUCUUCAACAUUGUGCUCAUCAGCUACGACCGCUUCCUGUCGGUCACCCGCGCUGUGUCCUACCGGGCCCAGCAGGGCGACACCCGGCGGGCGGUGCAGAAGAUGGUGCUGGUGUGGGUGCUGGCCUUCCUGCUGUACGGGCCGGCCAUCCUGAGCUGGGAGCACCUGUCCGGCGGCAGCUCCAUCCCCGAGGGCCACUGCUACGCCGAGUUCUUCUACAACUGGUACUUCCUCAUCACGGCCUCCACGCUGGAGUUCUUCACGCCCUUCCUCAGCGUCACGUUCUUCAACCUGAGCAUCUACCUGAACAUCCAGAGGCGCACCCGCGUCCGGCUGGACGGGGCACGUGACCCCGAGCCCGCGCCCGAGGCCCAGCCCUCCCCGCCGCCGGCCGCGCCCGGCUGCUGGGGCUGUUGGCACAAGGGGCGAGGGGAGGCCGUGCCGCUGCACAGGUACGGGGUCGGGGUGGGCGAGGCAGCCCCCGGCGCCGAGGCCGGGGAGGCGGCCCUGGGGGGCGGCAGCGGCGGGGGCGCCGCGGCCUCGCCCACCUCCAGCUCUGGCAGCUCCUCCCGGGGCGCAGAGCGGCCGCGCUCGCUCAAGCGGGGCUCCAAGCCGUCGGCGUCCUCCGCGUCGCUGGAGAAGCGCAUGAAGAUGGUGUCCCAGAGCAUCACCCAGCGCUUCCGGCUGUCGCGGGACAAGAAGGUGGCCAAGUCGCUGGCCGUCAUCGUGAGCAUCUUCGGGCUCUGCUGGGCCCCGUACACGCUCCUGAUGAUCAUUCGGGCCGCCUGCCACGGCCACUGCGUCCCUGACUACUGGUACGAGACGUCCUUCUGGCUGCUGUGGGCCAACUCGGCCGUCAACCCGGUCCUCUACCCCCUCUGCCACUAUAGUUUCCGACGAGCCUUCACCAAGCUGCUCUGCCCCCAGAAGCUCAAGAUCCAGCCCCACGGCUCCCUGGAGCGCUGCUGGAAGUGAGCGGCCCUUCACGGCCAGGGGGGCCGCCGGGGGGGCCCUCCCACUGCCACGCCCCCAGCUCUGGUCUCCUGGUCGGGCCCCUGGCCACCGGCCGCCCCAGGGGGCCACGCCUUGUCUCCAGCGCACCCUAAAUGCCGCGCAGCACCUCUUAGACCAUCCGCCUGCGGUGGAGGCAGCUUGGCGGGCUGGCCAGGGUGGCCCUUGUGCCUGAAUGGGAAUGUGGACGCCCCCCCGCCCCCAGACGCUAGCUGCCCCCCAGGGGGAGCAAUCCCCGCCCUGCUGCCCACCCUCCACAGACGGUCUGACGGCCAGUGUCCACCGUUUGCACAGUUACUGCUUGGUGUCCUUCCCGAAGCAAGUGACGCAGCAGUCUGCCCCCGCACGUGCGCACACCUGCACACUGUCCCCCCGCAAACGAGCCUGGGCCGUUGGCUCCGCUGCUGUGUGUCCCCUGCUCAAGCCCAGGCACCAGCAACUUCAUCCCUCCGCCUCCAACCCCCUCUGCCCCCAAAGUGUCGAGUGCCCCCCGGGAACCUCGCGGCCGUUCUCUGCUCUUCCAUUCCGGGUGUUUCAGGAAGAUGAAGAAGAAAACACGUCCGUGAACUCCAUGUUCCUUGGCUGUUUAAUCAAGAGAGACAAAAUUGCUGAGGAGCUCAGGGCUGGAUUGGCAGGUGUGGGCUCCCACGCCCUCCUUCCUCGCGCUGCUGCUUCCGGCUGAGCUGCGCCAGCUGCUUCUGCCCACCCCGCCCCCGGGCUCGGGGUGCUGAGCCCUGACUGGCGGCUCCGAGAGCGGCCGGAGUCCCGGACGCCUGCUUGUCCAGAGGCUGCCCCUCCCGCCCCACCUGCUCGACCAGCUUCCUUGGGCUGAGGGGUGGGAGGGGGACUGGCCAUGUCCCGAGGGUCCCGAGGCUUCUGCAGGGCAGCCUGAGGAGACCGGGGUCCCCGGGGCGUGCCCAGUGGAGGGGCCGUUAGUUCGCCACGUCCUGUGCACCCCGUCGGCGCUCUGCAUGCUCCGCUCCCCGCGUGCCCGCUGCCUGCCCUGCAGACUUCGAGGUCACAGUAAAGUGUAU